CACCACAGCAGCGUGAAGAUGCGGUCAAUGUUACCUGCAGUGGCUGAACAACUUUUUCGAGAUAUUCAAAAAACGUAUCAGGAGACGUCUCAAAUCCCCAAUGACCUGCUAAUUGCGCUGAGGUUUGUCUUCGGGUCUUGUGCGCUACAAGCUUUGGACUUGGUCGACCAGCGUUCGGUCACCUGUCUGUCGUCUCCCAGCGGACGCAAAGCCUUCCAGGUAACGGGAGGCUCGGGGACGUUGUACACUUGCUUCUUGUCCUGCCACUACUGCCCCUGUCCUGCCUUCGCCUACACGGUGCUACGCAGGAAUGAAGGCCUGCUGUGCAAACACAUCCUGGCUGUGUACCUGUGUCAGGCCAUGGCUGUGACUCAGCAGGAGAGUGUGUCUGAUCAGCAGAUGUCCACGCUGCUCAGCAGGACGGCGGCGCUGUGACAGCAGGUGGACCGCUACACCUGGGGCUCACUCGGGGACACGGAGCCUCUUCUGGAUGACGGCCGAUGCUUUAAAUGGACACUUUGGGUCACUGCAGACGGGACCGGAGCACGGGAAUCAGAGUUCCUGCUCUUUCAUACGUCUCUCUGAAAGACUACAGAUGUUGCCUUUAUUUGUUUUAUUUUUUUCAAGAGUUCCUAAUCUGUUUCCAAGUAUGUGACAUCUGUUCGAUGAGUACAUGCUGCUUUAUUUUUAGUUUCCUUUUAUCUGAAGCACCAUGAAUUACAGGGAUAGUGAGCAUCUGUGUGCUGAACUUCACGUUUUAAAGACAUGAAAACAUUUUGCAAUGUGCCUUUUGUAAAUACAGUUAAACCCAAAUAGAUUCCAAAUUGUGAUUUAUAGUACAUUUGUUUAUGGCCAAUAGGUUUCUUCUGCAUAAGAACAUAAACUAGGGUCAAAAGGUGGUAAGACCCCGUGUUAGAGAUGCUAAUGCUACAUUUCUCUCUCUUACAUUUUUACUGAAAAUGUAAUUCCAAAAUUAUUCAUCAUUUUUAUUUUUUUUGCCACAACAGUUUUUAUAUUUGCUAACAAUCUUUCUGUGUUUGUCCACUGGGAUUUUGUUCCUCUCCUCCCAGUGAUGAUCUCCAGGUCUUUCUUGCCGUCGCACCUCCUCCACAGAUUCUUGACGGGAUUCAGGUCUGGACUCUGGCUGAGCCGCUCCAACUUGUUCAUACUGUUGUGUGUUUUGGAUCUUUGUCUUGUUGAAAGAUCAAAAGCUGCUCAAAGAUGUUACAGGAAACAUUUGGAAUGAUAUAAAAGAUGCAUUUUGUAAAAAGAAUUGUAAAUAAAAAAGGAAAGGCAUUAUUAUUAAUUUUG